AGGAAAAUAUAUUAAUAAGAGCAACUUCAAUAAAACAGUUUCUGUGUUUAGUCUAUCUUUUUAUCUACGGGUUAAGCCUUCCACUAAGCCCAACCCCUCAAAGUGGGGAUGGACUAGGAAUCCAUUCUGUUACGUUCACUGUUCUAUAUAAGGAGCUUAUUUUCUAUGACAGAAGAAUCUCUCAUUUAUUCAAGAGAGACUUCAACAACAGACCAGACUAUUUUCUGCAUAAACCUUCCAGGUUUUUAACCUUUGGAAAAAUGAAGAUCCUGAUCUUGAUAGUUGUGACCUUAUACCUGGUCAGUGGAACAGCUAAGAGUGAACUACAAUAUGGUGACAUCAUUUCCAGGAGUCGUAACAUCCUCGGAUUUACCUUCAAGCACUAUGGCAUUUAUCUGGAUAAAAAGAGAUUUGAAGGCCAAAAAGCAAAUGACAACAUAUUUCAUUUUACAGGUUUCCGUAGAAAGGCAAUCUUGGGUGGCUGCAUCUUUGAUAAAGUUAAUAUCAAACGUUAUGCGAAGGAUAAUUACCUGGACAAAAUAGAAAGUUACAAAAACAAAGUAUCUACAGCAGAAAUAACAAGGCGAAUUGAAGAGCAGUAUAAAAGCUGCGGGAAACAUCCAAAAAAGAGUAUUUGGGAAGCCUUCUCCAACAACUGUGAACAUCUGGCUAAUUAUAUACGUUACGGAGAGAAAAUUUCAUUGCAGAUUGGCCAGAAAGCAGCAGUUUUGGUAUACAACCCCAAGAAAACCAGGGCGGAAAUAAAUCAAAUAAAGAAACAACUGAAAGUAUCGGAGGUUCCAUGUGAUGCCGCUUGCAAAACACAAGGAACUGAAAUUAUGAAGCAGGAUAGAGAUGAGGAGAACAGCCCCAAGAAAAAUGAGGGCUAAAAAGCCUAAUUUCAACAAUUUUCUGUUGUUCUUCAUGAAGACAUGAGAUAAAAAUUUAAUUUAUUCAGAA